AACAAGUUUUCUUAAUAAAUAAUGAUUAACAAAUGAUUUUUUCAUUCUUUUUAUACUUUUUCCCGAAAUUGGCCCUUGUUGGGUUGGAUGGAGUGAACUUUUAAUUUUUUUUUACAUAGUUUAUGCACACUUGUCCUAAGUGGAAAAAGAAGUCUGCUAAAAAGCUUACUAGUAUACAUGUUGCUAUUAUUACUAUUAUUACUGCCCAUCUCUUUCUGCUACUAAAGGAUUUACAUAACUGGUUAAACUAUUAUCCCAUAUUUGGUAAUUUUAUCUGUGUGAUGUAAUAAAUGCGCACACAUAAAGGACUUAAAAGUCCCCCUUUUAUCUUGACAUACGCCAAGACACACACUUUUUUUUUUUCCUUUUUUUAUUAUUAUUAUCUCAAAUGUACUUGUCUCGUGCCUAUUUAUCAAAGUUACCAAAGCAAACCGUCCAAUUGAAUCAAAGGCGAUUAUUUGCAACAGAAAAGAUAAAAAAUGCAUGGUUUGGUCCUAAGCUGAUACGAUUAUUCAAAUACUCCACAGGAAUCGGUGUCCUAGGAGGAGUAGGAUAUUAUUUAGCUACAGACAAAGAAAGGUCUAUUGAUGUCUGGGGAGCCCAUGAGCGCGUUCCUCAGGAAGCGCUUUUUCCUAAACGAGGAGGAGCCAAAAAUUUACCUAUUAUUACGCGUCAAAUUGAUCAGUCGGUUGAUAACCUAGAUGACUCAAAGCCCCGUUUGGUGGUUGUCGGUAGUGGAUGGGGCGCAAUUUCACUAGUUAAAAAGCUUCAAAAAGACAAGUACGAUGUCACUGUGGUCAGUAAUAAUAACUAUUUUCUAUUUACGCCUUUAUUGCCGAGUGCAACAGUGGGUACACUAGAGCUGAGAUCAUUGCUUGAGCCGAUUAGAAAGAUUGUGUCUAGGAUUAGAGGUCAUUUCUUGGAAGGCACAGCAGUAGACAUUGACCUUGAUAACAAACUUUUGGAAGUACAAGGUUGUAAUGGUGAAUCUAACUUUUAUGUGCCUUAUGAUAAACUCGUCUUGGCUGUUGGUUCAACUAGUAUGACGCAUGGCGUACAAGGUCUGGAGAAUACAUAUCAAUUAAAGACAAUUCAGGAUGCCAUGAACAUCAAGCGACAGGUGACACAGAACGUCGAAAAGGCUUGUUUACCCACAACGACACCUGAGGAGCGUAAACAGUUACUUUCGUUUGUUGUCUGUGGCGGUGGUCCUACCGGUGUUGAAUUUGCAGCCGAACUAUCCGAUUGGGUCAAUGAAGACUUGGUCAAAUGGUUUCCUGAAUUGAUUCGUGAAGACGUUACGAUUCACAUCAUUCAAUCAAGAGAUCAUAUCCUGAAUACAUUUGAUAGUAGAAUUAGUGAAUAUGCUGAAAACAGAUUUGAACGAGACCAUGUUCAUGUCAUCACAAAUGCCCGAGUAGAACGAAUUGAGCCAAACAAGGUCAUCUAUAAAGUAAAGCCAAAGGGUAGUGAUGAACCCGUUUUACAAACAUUACCAUACGGGUUGUGUUUAUGGUCUACAGGCAUUGCCAUGACUCCAUUCGCAAAGAAGGUUACCGAAAAGUUAAAGGCACAGGAACACAAGCGUGUGUUGACCACAGAUGGUUUCCUACAUCUCCAAGGUGUUGAGGACUGUUCCAUCUUUGCCCUUGGUGACUGUGCAUCGAUUGACAAUCCAAGUCUAAUGGAAAAUAUCAUGGAAAUAUUUAAAGAAGGUGAUACAAACAACGAUGGUAUACUAAGCUUUGACGAAUUUGUUGCUCUUUGCAAAUCAAUGCGCACUAAAUACCCCCUGACUGAUCAGCAUUUGAAAAACCUUGAAAAGAUGUUCAAGACGUACGACAAGGACAAGACGGGUUCAUUGGAUAUAGAAGAGCUCAAGCUACUGUUAAAGGAUAUUGACAGCAAGAUGACCCAUUUGCCAGCAACGGCUCAGGUUGCGAAUCAACAAGGGCGUUAUUUAGCUAAAUAUUUGAAUCACCUGGCUGAACACGAUGAGAAAACGACAAGGCAAACGAUGGGUCCAUUCCGCUAUAAUCAUUUAGGAACAUUAGCUUAUUUAGGAAAUACAGCAGUGGGUGAUUUCAAGUGGGGAUAUAAAGUGAUUGGUGGUCUUUGGGCACUCUACCUUUGGAGAAGUGUCUAUUGGAGUGAACAAGUAAGCAUGCGUACAAGAAUGAAUCUGUCUAUAGAUUGGUCCAAGUGUGCUGUUUGGGGUAGAGACAUAUCGACUGUAUAAUAAAAAGUACUAUAUACACCAUAGUGUGGUCAUGCAAUCAACUGAUUGGUCUGCUUCCUCUUUAUAGAAAGUCGGGGCACUUUCUCUCUCUCUCUCUCUCUC